AUGGAAGAAGAAGAUAAAUCUAUAGACUUAUCAGUGUGGGCAUACUGCGCUGGGGUUUUUGAUUUCGAUCAUUUACAAGGUCGUGUCUACUAUUCCCCACAAGGUCAUGUGGAGAAUUUUACUAGUUCUGAUAUAGUGAGGUACCUUUGUUCUGAUUUGGCUAUGGUACCGUGCGAACUUGUCACUGCCAAAUAUCUUGCGGACCCUAAGACUGAUGAAGUCUUUGCAUACUUCAAGCUCAAACCUCCAACGUCUGACGAUGAUCCAAAUGAGGAGACUUGCUGCAGGGAAACAAUCAGAUCCGCUGAUGGGUUCAUAAAAGUUUUGGACCAGAGUGAUGUUACAAAUCCUGGUGAAUGCACCAUUUCUGCAGCUUGCUUGGGCGCUGAUAAAGUCUUACCAAAGGAAGACACUCUCUUGUCCAUCCAUGACAUCCACAGCCAGGAGUGGAAGCUGAAGCACACUUAUGACUCAACACUGGAGUUACAUAAGUUUACUGAUGGCUGGGACAGAUUUGUCUUGACGAAGCAGCUAUCCCCUGGAGACUCACUGGUAUUUGUAAAAACUAGAGUUGGUUUGACUAUUGGAAUCCGGCGAGUAACUGUUCCAGGAAGCGCUAGUGUUGAUUCUUUCUUCCAUUACCCUACAAGGGUUAAUGACGUUCAUGGUGGACAAAAGUUAAUCCGGACUGGUAAAGGGUUAUUGUCUGUCGAGGCCUUAGGUGAAGCCUUGGCAAAGUCACAGAUAGGACGUCCAUUUGACGUUGUAUACUAUCCACAUGUUGGCUCUUCGAGUUUCGUUCUUGACAGAGAAAGAGUUUAUAAUGCUAUAUGGAACGUAACUUGGCCUCCAGGGAUGAAAGUGAGGAAGUGGGUUAUGGUUAAAGAUCAGCUGAGGGUCAUUUGUCAUGAAGGCUCUGUCAUUAGUAGCAUUAAGAAGGAUAAGGACUGGUACGGAUCUCCUUGGAGGCAACUACAGGUUAACUGGGAUAAGAAAUAUGGGAGUGUUGAAGAGUUCGUCAACUUCUGGGAAGUCGAACCAGUACCUGAGCCAGUCUCUGGCAAGAAAAGAAAAUUAGGUGACAUGACGGCGACUCAGGCUACUACCACUGGACAGACUGGACAGACCAUGCCUGAUUUAAUUCUCAUAAAAGAAUGA